AUGGCAUUGUAUCAGCUAGACAUCAUUUCUUUCUCAUUCAUAAUCAUUGUAGCCUCCAUCAUCUCACUGGACGUUGAGGCCCACCACCCAAGGGACAAGAUCUCCGAGGCGUGCAAGAACACCCGUUUCCCCCACAUUUGUGAGGGGACGGCCAUGCUCAUACCAAAGUCCAACGACUGCGGGGUGACCGACAUUGCAAAGAUGUCUAUCCAAGCCACGCUCAACAAGAUCACAGAAGCUAAGGCCAUCACAGCUAAGAUGAUGGAAGCUCAAACUGAGGAUGAUAUGGCGCACUCGAGCUUUGAAGUGUGUCAACAAGCGUACCAAGAUGCCAUAGACGCCCUCAAGGAGUCAAUCAAGAAUAUGGAUGCUCGGUCUCAUGUGGAUCUCAUGGACAACCUGUCUGCCGCCAUGUCGGCCUUCUCGACCUGCGAUGACGGGUUCGCCGAGGCGACGGGAGAAGACUCGCCCUUGGCAGAUGUUAAUUCUAUCCUUACCAAGCUUACAAGCAAUUCCCUCGCAUUGGGAGAGCAUAUUAAUUUGAAACACCAUUAGUACUAAGAAAUGGUUUGUAAUUCAUAUAAAAAUUCUUGAUUUUGGUAAAUGGAGGUGGACCAUGGCUAGCCUUAAUUAGAAGAGAGGUUUUGUUUCUACCAUGAGCUAGCCAAUGGUUCUAAAAUUAAUAAAUGAAUUAGGCUAUGUGCGCUUGAGCU